CCAAAUAGCUAUAUAUAUUAUACAUUCAUAAUUUUAUUUCACGUCGUACUACUUAUGUGAUUGUUUACAGUAUGAUAGCGUGAAGCCAAAGCGAAUAGAGAGCCUCUCUUCACGUGACCCUAUCAUUUUCCGUUCCUUGCGUUUUAUUCCUCCGACCGCUCUUUUUCUAUACAUCGGGCCCACGUGUGGAUUGUGGUCGAACCGAACCUGUUUGGGCCAGCUGUAAACCCCAUCCACCAUCUCAACAAAACUAUUGACGCCAUGGCUUCGUCGUUUGAGCAGAUGAGGGCUAAUGUGGGGAAACUACUACGUGGGAUUGACAGGUAUAAUCCGGAAAAUUUAGCAACGCUGGAACGUUACGUUGAAACACAAGCAAAAGAGAACGCUUACGACCUGGAAGCCAAUCUCGCUGUUCUCAAAUUGUACCAGUUCAACCCAGCCUACUUUCAGACAACCGUGACGUCACAGAUUCUGCUGAAGGCCCUGACCAACUUGCCUCACACUGACUUCACUUUGUGCAAGUGUAUGAUCGACCAGACACACCAGGAGGAGCGUCCGAUAAGACAGAUCCUGUACCUGGGCAACCUCCUGGAGACAUGUCACUUCCAGUCCUUCUGGUCAAGCCUGGAAGAGAACCGAGAACUAAUCGAUGGAAUCACGGGAUUUGAGGACUCUGUCCGCAAGUUCAUAUGCCACGUGGUGGGGAUCACCUAUCAGAACAUUGAGCACCGGCUCCUGGCAGAGAUGUUGGGCGAUCCACUUGACACCCAGGUGAAGGUGUGGAUGAGCAAAUAUGGCUGGACUGAGAGCGAGGAUGGACAGAUCUUCAUCUUCAACCAGGAAGAGAGCGUCAAGCCCAAGAACAUUGUGGAGAAGAUUGACUUUGAAAGUGUGUCGAGUAUCAUGGCUACAUCCCAGUGAUAUCAAUACAUGAAUUGGUGCACACAGACUUGAUGCACACAGACAUUCAGAAGACAGGACCUCCAGGCUUUUUUACCUCCCAAUACAUUUUCUGUACCGAUACCAUUCACAUUAAACCAUUUAUCUAAAACAAAGAAA